GGCCAAAAAAUCACGCUACUCUCAAAAAGAAUACAGAAGACUCCUAAAGAAAAAGGUUGAUCUAAUUGCACCAUGUACUCACUUGCUUCAUGAUUAUCAAACUGUCCAUCUAAGCUUAAGUAUUGCAUCUAUAGCCAGUAUUUCUUAAGGUAAAGGGAAUAGGAAGAAGAAAAAAACGCUGCUCCCAACAAGAAUACAGAAGAUCCAAAAAAUACAGUGAUCUAAUUUAGUCCCAGUAAGAUAGUCAUUGUUGCUGUUUGUUUUUCUUAUGCCGGAUACACACUCACAAACUUUCUUCUCUCUCAACCCCCGCCCCGCCCCGUCCCGCAGUAUAUGUGUGACGGUUCUGGUGCUCAACGUUCACUUCCGGUCGCCCCAAACACAUAAAAUGGCGCCCUGGGUAAGGAGGGUCUUCAUCCACAUACUGCCGCGCCUCCUCAUCAUGAAGCGGCCCCAGUACCAGCUCAACAAACACAGCCUGUUGACACCAGGAGGCAACACCAAGCCUAACAGUGUGUUCCUGGAGCCCAACCGCGUCAUGAUCAGCACUUGUAACGGGAACGAGAUGCAGGACAGCUUCUACCGGCCGCAGUACGACGACAGCCUCUACAAAAACAACGAAAACCCCAACCUGCCGUACGACACCCCUCUCCAUCGCCGCCCCAACGACUUCUCCCCUAUGACGGACGGGCCCUUCUCCACCACCUGUCGCAUCCACGGCUCCACCAACAUCCACGAGGACGCCUACACGCUCGAGGACGCCGACAAGAGUCCCACUUUUCGUCCCUUUCAACACAAUCUUCCGCACUGCUCGCCGGAGGUUCACCGCACGUGCUGGUGUGUCAACUUCAUCGCCGAGCACACCAGACUCAAGGAGGACUCGACCAAGGUGAAGGAGGAUUGGAAGUACGUGGCCAUGGUGCUGGACCGACUCUUCCUGUGGAUCUUUACCCUGGCGGUGCUAGUGGGCACGGCCGGCAUCAUCCUGCAGGCGCCCUCCCUCUACGAUGACCGGGUGCCCCUCGACAAGUUUCUCUCAGAUGUGUACCGUCACCAACGCUUAAAUGGCUAAGUCCUUUUGUUGUGUGGCCGCCCCUGACCCCACACCCCUUCCGUCACCACCAUCUACCCUAGCAGACUCAACUAGCUUCCGAAGACAGGUGCCUAAGAGGACAGAGAGAGGCGGCAUUGACACAAGCCAGGACACGUGAGGACAGCAGCUGUGGCCGAACAAAACCCUCUAGACUUGCUCCUCGCUGCGUGACCACCCACCACAGACUCUCCUUGACGCCAGGCGAGGCUCGAGCCCGAAAAGCUCCGUGGCCGCCCAAAGCUCUCUGGUGGAAGACUCAGAGUUCACAGUGGACACAGGCUUGAAGUUUUUGUACUGCUCUGUAAACCCUCGUGACGAUGUUCCCGCCGUGGCUGACGAGAACCCUCCCUCCCUUCCCGGCGUGUGUAGCGCUGUGUUUUCUGCGGACCAUUGUGAUUUUACUAUAAAGACAGUGUUAAGAUGACGCGAUGUAACAAAGAUGUGCAAAAUUCAGCUAUAUAAACUUUCUCUCGAUCUAUCUAUCUCCGUCUAUCUCUAUCUAUCUAUCUCCCUAUCUAUCUGUCUAUCUCACACAGAAAUACAGCAGCCGACCAUUGCUACAUUUAUCCAUGUUCUUCCACCGCACAAAAUCAUCGUCACAGACCUAACCAAAGUCACAAUCAUCAGAACCCUCGCCAUAUCAGCCCCAUCACCACCACCCUCCUCCGCCAUCACCAUUCCAGCACCACAUACCUGACCCUGCCAUCACCCGUCAGCAUCACACACCCCAGCUAACGCCACCACCACUACCACGCCCUCACCUCUCGCCACCCCCACCUUCACCCCUCCCCCUCACCUAGACGGGCUGGACUGUACACCUGUUGUCUCACGCACGUAACUCACCAUCCACGUGUGGCUGCCCAUCACACUCCUCGGGUUUGUGAACGCUGGUGAAGACAAUCAUUGACAAGGAAAAGUUAGCGGGUGUUGCGGUGGAGAAAACAAUGCCACUUGUCCAUAGGAGGAAGACA